AUGAGUGCUGGUGACAACAGAACCCAUGAGCUAGUGGAUGAUGCUAUAUUGAAGGUAUUGGACCAGUAUCCAGAUGUGUUCAAGGAGCCAAUGACCUUGACUCCUGUUAGGUCACUUGACCAUGCCAUUCCUCUCAAAUCAGGGGAUGUUCCAGAGCAUGUUGAUCAUCUGAUAGCUGUGUUUGAUACAUUAAGAGACCACUCCUUGUAUGCCAAAAGGUCCAAAUGUUCAUUUGGGCAUCCUAAGAUUGAAUACCUAGGUCAUAUUAUCAAUAGAGAUGGAGUAUCUACUGAUCCUGCUAAGAUCAAGGCUAUGUUGGAGUGGCCUACUCCUAAGUCCUUGAAGGCUCUUAGUGGAUUUUUAGGGCUGACAGGUUAUUACAGGAAAUAUGUGUCUGGUUAUGGUGCAAUUUGCGUACCUCUUACAGACUUGCUAAAAAAUGCCUUUAAUUGGAAUGAAGAAGCUGAUAUAGCAUUUAAAGCUCUCAAAACUGCUAUGUCCUCAACACCUGUACUUAUAUUGCUCGACUUUGCCAAGGAAUUUGUUGUGGAAACAGAUGCUAGUCAUUAUGUGGACAAAUGGAGGUACUACCUCCAGUUCAAACACUUUGUGAUCAGGACUGAUCAUCAUAGUUUGAAGUAUUUGAUAAAGCAAAGAGUUACCUCAGCCUUACAACAGAAGGGGCUUACUAAAUUGUUGGGACUUGAUUAUGAGAUCCAAUACAAGAAGGGUGCUGAGAGUAAGGUUGCUGAUGCCCAGAAGAUCAAGGAAAGCUGUUGGUUAUGA